GCCAGACGUCCCUGAGAGUACUACAAUACCCAGGAUCCUCAGCUGCUGCCGUCUGAUCAAGCUGAGCAGUGUGUGUCAGUGUGUUGAUGUUGUUGUGUUGUUUCAGGGGACCAAAGUCUAAACACUGCAGUGCCUGUAACAAGUGCGUCGCCAACUUCGACCAUCACUGUCGGUGGCUCAACAACUGCGUUGGGAGCAGGAACUACAAGUUGUUCCUCCACAGCGUUGUCUCGGCUCUGUUGGGCGUCUGUCUGGUUCUGGUCGUCGCCUCCUACGUCUUCAUCGAAUUCUUUCUGGACCCGACUAAACUCCGCACUGACAAACACUUCCUGGUGAGGAACGAUACAGGUGUGUGGUUCGUCUUCCUGCCCGUGGCACCGGUCAGAUCAGCAGCAGCAGUGAUUCCGUGUCUCGCCGCCGUCUCUGUGUCUCUGGGUCUGUUGUCAUCAGUUCUGCUGAGUCACCUGCUCUGCUUCCACGUCUACCUGAUGUGGAACAGACUCAGUACCUAUGAGUACAUUGUGCGGCAGCGUCAUCGUCAUGACAACAGAGACUUGAGGAAACCAGGACCGGUGAAGGAGACAGAAGCUUCUACAGGCAUCAAGGACGUGAACUACUCUGGGACUCUGGGUUAUACCAACCCUCAGCUGGACGCGGAGGAACCUUCCACUGUGUCAGCGCGGGGAGGGCCAGAGUAAGUUCUCCAGGUUCAGCCCACGGCCCGCCGUGAUUGGCCGACUGACCGGAGCCUGACAGGAUUCAGUAAACAGUCGUUUCAUAACAUGAAGAGGCCGGACCUCGUCGCCAUGGACACCGUUUUCUUUGCAGUAAACAAAGUGAAAUUCUUUGGCCGUGACUUCCAGGAAGAAAACAAAGUGUGCAUUGUGUGUUUGGUGUGUGUGUGUGUGUGUCCUCAUAAAUAACUGUACUCACCUCACUAAACUUUCUUUUUACGGGACACAG